AUGCCUUCUGACACCGAAGCCAACCAGGGUCAAGCUGGUUCACCCCCUCAGUCUCGCUCACCAUCUCCGGCCGGUCACGACGUCUUGACUCUCCGAGCGCUCGUGAGCACCAAGGAUGCGGGUGUCAUUAUCGGGAAGGCCGGCAAAAACGUCGCCGAUCUUCGCGACCAGACCGGCGUCAAGGCCGGCGUCAGCAAGGUUAUCCCCGGCAUCCACGAACGCGUACUCACUGUAUCAGGAUCAGUAGAAUCCGUGGCAAAGGCGUAUAACCUGAUCAUCGAGCAGCUUGUCGAAUCAAACCCCGCGUCACCCGGCGUCUCCUCGUCUUCGUCACCCGCGCACACCUCCAUUCGCCUCCUGAUUUCCCACAAUCUCAUGGGCACCAUCAUCGGCCGCAACGGUCUCAAAAUUAAAGCCAUUCAGGACGGCUCGGGCGCGAGAAUGGUCGCAUCCAAGGACAUGCUUCCCCAGUCCACAGAACGCGUCGUUGACGUACAGGGCUCCCCAGAGUCCAUAUCACGUGCGAUAGAGGAGAUUGGGCGUUGUCUGCUGGAGGACUGGGAGAGGGGGCUCGGCACGGUGCUGUACCACCCCGGCGUCGCAGACGACCGGACUGGAGGACGCAGGAACUCGCAUGGUCACAGCAACAGCUACGGUGGCGGAGGUAGGCGCUCGAACGGCAAUGACGCCGCCAUCCGUCCAUCAAGCCCGCCUUCGCCGUCUACAGCCGCAGCGACGAACCUGCGCACGCAGAACAUCUCAAUCCCAAGUGACAUGGUCGGCUGCAUUAUCGGCCGCGGAGGAACGAAGAUUACGGAGAUCAGGCGCUUGUCGGGAUCCAAGAUCUCCAUCGCCAAGGCGCCACACGAUGAGACGGGAGAACGGAUGUUCACCAUCGUCGGCACGCCAGAGGCGAACGAGAAGGCGCUAUUCUUGCUCUACAAUCAGUUGGAGAGUGAGAAGGAGCGCCGUGUUGGCAAGGAGGCGCAGGCGCAGGAAGAAGGCCUGCAAGAGUGA